AUGAAAGUCCUUAUUACUGGAGCCGGCGGCUUUGUCGGCCAAAUUUUGGCCAAAAGACUCAUCGAAUCAAACACCGCAGAUGCACUCAUCUUGGCCGACGUUAAUCCACCUCCAAAUCCAACAUCGUCACAGAGCGUACAAUGUACUGCGGCGGACCUCACAUCACUAUCAGCAUGCGAAGAUCUCAUCGCUCAACAACCAGAUGCUGUAUACAUUCUUCAUGGCAUCAUGUCGAGCGGUAGCGAAGCAAACCUCGAGCUAGGCCUUAGAGUCAACUUUGAGUCUGUGCGCCAACUACUGGACACCAUUCGGACCAAGCGACCAGGAAUCAAAGUGGUCUUCACUUCUUCUUGCGCAGUUUUUGGGCGGAAGGCCGUUGAGAAUGUGGCAACAGAGACGGACAUCGUGCCUAUGCCUGAAUCUAGUUACGGCACCCAGAAGCUCAUGAUUGAGUUCCUCCUUAACGAUUAUUCACGACGCGGGCUCAUCGACGGACGCGUCGUUCGUCUUCCAACUGUCUUUGUCAGAGCUGGCGCACCUACUGCAGCAGCUUCGUCAUUCGUCUCGGGUAUCGUACGCGAGCCAAUACAUGGACAAGAGUCGGAGUUACCAGUCGACCCAAGUAUUGGCAUCUGGCUUACUUCGCCACGCACACUCGCGACAAACCUUGUACAUGCCAUCAAGGUACCAGCGGAGAAAUUUGGGCACUUUAGGCAGGUACUACUACCGGGUUAUACAGCAACGAGUGGAGAAAUUUUGGAUGCCCUGGAGAGAGUUGCGGGCAAGGAGACAAGAGCUUUGGUGAAAGAGAAGAGGGAUGAGACGACACAGAGGAUCGUUUUGAGCUGGCCAGCGAAGUACGACACUGCGAGAGCAAGAGAAUUGGGUUUUAGCGAAGACGUUGGGCUUGAGCAGACGAUUCGCGACUUCAUUGAUGGAGAGAAGCAGACAGCAUAA